AUGGACGACAAACACACUCCGUCCUCUGUGGGCGAUAUUGAAGCCGAAGUGCCUGUAUCUGUUCCAGAGAUAAUUGCACCUCUCAGUGUUCGAGUUGACAGGAACUCUAUCGAUCACACUCACACAGCAGUUCACCAUCAUCAUCCAGAGCCUCUACUACAACACUCACAUCUCUCUCAUGGGGUCCCGGCGUCAAUGGAAACCAUCCAACCCAGCGCGUUAACUGUCGAGAGCGCGGAGGAAGCCCCGCCCGGCUCAGUUCGUCUUGGACCGUCCGAGUUUGCCAUAACGCUUCCCAUGGAUUCUCGUGUGAAAGACGACUACGAGAAAGUGUUAACAGGAGCAGCCUCCAGCAUGCGAGAGUUCUUUCUAAGCUUCAGUCCGACCUCUCAGGUCUCAGAAAUUGAACGAGCACAAUUGUUGCCGAAGAUGCAUGAAGUCACUGCACGUUUCAAUAAUGUUUCGACUCAUCCAGAUUUGAAUAUUCCCCAACACUGCCAAUACAACGACUCUGAGCUGGAACAGGAGGCCUCAUGGGCCGAGUAUUCCAGUGCGAAAUUCUUGUUCCUCAAAUACUGGAUUCAACUCGCGAGCACACACGAUCUUCAUGUGAUCCUUGAGAUCCGAGGCGAGAUGAAGCAGAAGAUCCUCGAGCGUUAUUUGCUUGGCAAAGGCUUCAAUUACACAAAGCCACGCACAGAGCUGGGUGACAGCGUGGAGGUAUCAAUGGCCAAAGGCCCCUUGAGUUUUGGAAUCCAUGGCAAUGAUGGCGUUCAAGAGCUCUUCAAGUCACCUUCUGCAAUUUUUGCAUUGGACACGGCUUUUGACCCUAGGAGCCCAUCGGUGCAGCAUAUUCGAACGACUUACACUCGAAAUGGAAGCCUUCUCCCUGUCAUCUGGUUCCUUGUUGCCAACUCUUGUGAACACAUCGGACGCUGCCUGCCAAAUUUAACAGAAUCUGAGCGGCUACGUCUUCUUUUGCAAGAAACCGCGUACCUCCACGAUGAUGUCGGUGAUCUACAGGAUGAUGCCCUGGGUGUCUACGAAGAUGUUGGAGAGAUUCUCGGCUAUUUAUCUGACAGCCUUGCCAGCUGGCCACUCCCUAGCAUCGAACCUUUGCACUUUAUUUCCCAGGAAGAAUUGGAUUCAUCUGACCCCUCAUCUGAUGAACCAAUGCCGGCAGCCCCGAAGCGCUCACUGGAUGACGAUGGUGAUGAUUACACUACGAAACGCGCGCGGGUCCACAUCCCAGACACCAGUCAACUUACCGACUCAACUAAGGCGCCCAGCCAGACAUUGGACCGUGACUUGCAGUCCUUGGAAAAGAACCUCAUUUUAAUGAAGAAUGCUCAUGCAGCGGAGAAGGACCAAUUGCAAAAUGAGCUGAUCGAGACUCGGGCUCGAUUGCAAGAAGUCCAGAAGGCUCUGGGCGAAGUGCAGCAUCGCUAUGAAAGUAGAACCAAGGACCUACACAAGACUCGGCAGGAUUGCGAGCGUUUGAUAGAAGGCAAAGCUUCCUUGGAACAACGCGUUGAGACGCAAAGGGAGAACCUUUCCAAGAUAAAGGAUGAACGCACGAAGCUGAAGCAAGAGCUCGAAGAAGCUCGACAGGAGCUCAAAAACGGCGGAGGUACCUUGGCUGAGCUGGAAACUGCCCGUGAGGAGAUCCGGCGCCUUACCAAGGAGAACGCAAGCCUCGAGCGCAAGGCCGAAUAUUCGCAAAAUCAGGCAGAAUACGUCCGCGAGCAAUACCAAACUGCCUCAACAGUCGCGGCUCAGGCUGGCAACGAAGCUCGCCAGUUGCGCGAGGAAAAUGAAGCCUUGAUGAAGAAGGUCGAGGGUAACGCCGUGCGACUCCGGGAGAUUAAUAAAAAGAAUGACGAGGCCCGUCACAUCGCGCGAAUUGAAGAACUGGAAAUAAUCCUUGCAGUGCGAGAUGAGGUCCUCCGCAAGAAGGAAGAGGAACUUCGCGACAUUCGCAAGAACCGACCCUCGACUCGCUCGACCAGUACCCAGCCGCGGAGUCCCAAAUGGGCUGGUAGUCGACCGACCAGCCCUGGUGUCAAUCACAAUGGAAAUGGCAAUGGCCUUGCUGGACGAGGCAGUGCCUUGCGGUAUAGUUCGGAGAUGCCUUUUUAG